AUGGCUACCGCUUCCUCGGCUAGCGGCAAGGGAAAGGACGUCGAGUCCCGUCCCUGCCUGGCCUCUUGCGGUUUCGCCAUUUCAGGGAGAGAUCCACAUCCUCUCUGCAUCGCCUGUAUGGGAGUGCAGCAUGCCCAGGCUUCACUCGCGGACUCCGAGUGCUGCCAGCAUUGCAGCACUAUGCCGACCAGGAUCCUGGAGAGGCGCCUCAGGGUCUCGGCCAGUUCAAAGGCCGACCCCAGCCUCUCCGAUAGCGCCGCCAAGCCGAAGCGGGCUAUUGCUAACUUAGACUGGGCUAACCCCCCGGUUGAGGACUUCCCUCCGCUGUUUGACCAGCUCCUCGACUCGGAGGACGAACACGGAGGGGGGCACGAAGAGGAGGACGAUAACCUGGACCUCCUUAACGACGACAACGAGGAGGAUGACGAGGACGCAAUCCUCCCGCCGACUCCGGCAUCCCGACCAAGCAGCUCCGUUAGCGGAGGAAUCCAACCCCCCUCUUCACCCUCGGAGGUCGACCUGCAUGAGGUGUGUAAACGAGUGGCAUCACGGCUGGGUAUAGACUGGCCCGCGUCACAGGAUGACAAGGGCGGGGAGAGGGAUUUAUACGAUGGCAAAAUUCUGCCGUCUCGCCCGGUGUCGAAGAAGCAGGUCAUGCCCGUCAUCCCAGCGUGCAUGAAGGAGAUGAAGCGGUUUUGGGAUAAACCGCUUCGCCACAGAGUCCCCGUCAAGGGUUACUCCGGCCUGGAAGUGGCUAACAGCGGGGAGUGGGGCCUCGGAGAUCCCCCGGUAGUGGAGCAGGCGGUGGCUUCUCACCUCCACCCCAGCCACCGGUCCGCGCUCACCGCGGCGGGCCCCACCCUCCCCGGGAAAAUGGAGCGCUUCUCCGCCUCCAUGUUUCAAAAGAUGUACAAAUCAGCAGCCCAAUCAGUGAACAACUUAAAUGUUGUCACCCUGCUGACAGCCUACCAGGCUGAACUUUUCCAGGAGAUGGGGGUCCUCCUGGAUAAAGGCUCCCCAAGUCCCAAAAUAUGGGAGGAGAUGUGUGUGGUCACGGACCUCAUCCUCCGUGUCUCCAUGGGUGCGGUCCAGGGCUGCGGCCGUGUUAUGGGGCUCGCAGUGGCAGGAGAGAGACCACUCUGGCUGAAUCUCUCCAGCCUGUCGGACCAGGAAAAACAGGUCAUUAUUGAUGCUCCCUUCGACUCGUCAAGGGCUAAGGGCUUGUUUGGCGAGGCUGUCACGGCCAUGCAGCAGACCAGUGACCUGAGGAAGAAACAGGGAGAAGCCUUUGAUCUCUGCCUUCCUCGCAAGGUUGCCUCUCGCCCCACCCCACCACCCUGCCAGGGAUUCGCGGCUGCGGCGAGAGCACACAGCAGCGGCUAUAAGGAACCCAGACCGCGCAUGUCUGAGCAGCCAGCGUCUCACCAGCGCGACGCUCAGCAGCAGAAACACUGGCCCAGGAAGUCCUUUGCUGCUGCAGCUGCCGCUCCAGGCACCGGUCCAACCCGCCUGUCCCGCCCCCCGGACGGGAAGAAAAAACGAGGGCGCAGCUGCUCCAUUGUUGAGCUUCAGGCCACCGGCCCUCUGGCUGUUAAAGCAGAGGAGUGGCGCGCAUGCGCAGUGAACCCGUGGGUGUUUACAACGGUUGCCAGGGGUUACAGGCUGCAGUUCGCUGUGAGGCCGCCCGGCUUCAACGGUGUGCUGACGUCAGAAGCUGCAGGGGAAGCCGCGGAGGCUUUAGAGAGCGAAAUAUCUUCUCUGUUAAGCCGCGGGGCAAUUCGCCUUGUACCGGAGGGAGAGAGAAAUCAGGGGUUUUAUUCCCGGUAUUUCCUCAUUCCAAAGAAAGGAGGUUCAUUGCGUCCGAUCCUGGAUCUGCGGUUCCUCAAUCUACACCUCCGAAAGUACAAAUUCAAAAUGCUCACGCACAAGGUUCUGUUUCGAUCCAUUCGUCCAGGCGACUGGUUCACUUCAGUGGAUCUGCAGGACGCUUAUUUUCAUAUAAGCAUAUAUCCCGCACACAGGAAAUAUCUCAGGUUUGCGUUCAAGGGAACAGCUUACGAGUAUCAGACCCUGCCUUUUGGGCUGUCACUCGCCCCGAGAGUUUUCAGCAAGUGUGUGGAAGCAGCCCUGAACCCUAUGCGAGCAUCGGGCCUAAGAGUGUUCGCGUAUCUGGACGAUUUUCUCCUCUGUGCAUCCAGCAAAGGGAAAUCGGAGAGGGAUACGCGGAAGCUGAUGGACAGGCUGUACAGCUUGGGGUUCAAUAUAAACCCCGUAAAGAGCUGUUUGUCUCCCACUCAGAGGAUCGAGUAUUUGGGCCUCGAAAUAGACUCUGUUUCAUUUCGGGGUUUUCUGUCCCAUGCUCGAGUGGAGAAAUUUCGCCAACAACUGGCUUUAUUUCGGAGAGGACGUUCAGUGUCGUUGCGGGACUGUCUCCAGCUGUCAGGGCUGAUGGCGUCAUCAAUAUCUGUCAUUCCGCACGGGCUGAUGAAAAUGAAGGAUUUUCAGCGCUGGAUAUCUUCCCUGCGUCUGGACGCACGACGUCACCUCAGGCGUAUGGUGAGGGUUUCCCCGGAAUGCCUCCUGGCUCUCCGUCACUGGAGGGACCCGGAGAUAUUCUCAACCGGCGUCCCGUUGGGAGCGGUUGUGAUGAGGAAGACAGUUACAACCGAUGCCUCGUUAACGGGGUGGGGAGCGGUUUUCGGGGGGAGGUCAGUGAACGGGACCUGGCCCCCGACGCUCCGUCAGGCUCAUAUAAACUAUUUGGAGCUGUUGGCUGUGUUCCUAGCCCUCAGACAUUUUCUGCCCCUCCUGGGAAAGUGUCAUGUGCUGGUCAGAGCGGACAGCACGACAGCAGUGGCCUACAUAAACAGGGAAGGAGGCACUCGCUCCGUAAAAUUACACAGACUGGCUCAGAGUCUGUUAUUAUGGAGCAGCGAACACCUGUUAUCGCUGCGCGCAGCGCAUCUUCCGAGUGCACUGAACAGCGGGGCAGAUUUACUCUCCAGGGGAAAUCCCUUGUACGGAGAGUGGAGACUGAACCCCGAGGUGCUUCUCCGGGUGUGGGAGAGAUUCGGCCGAGCGUCUGUAGAUCUCUGCGCAUCACACGAAAACGUGCAGUGUCCCCUAUUCUUCUCAUUACGAGACAGGGACGCGCCGCUGGGGGCGGACGCGUUUGCGCACCCGUGGCCAAACGCGCUGCUGUAUGCUUUUCCCCCUCUCUAUCUCAUCACUCCUACGCUGGUCAGAGUGAAGGAGCAGCAGCUUUCAUUAAUCCUGAUAGCUCCUUACUGGCCCAGCAGGCCGUGGAUGGCGGAGCUGAUACAGCUCGUACACGGCCAGCCAUGGCCGUUACCGUUACGCACGGACUUGGUGUCGCAAGCGUGCGGGCAGAUUUUUCAUCCGAACCCCGAACGUCUGGCUCUCUGGGCUUGGUUCGUGAGAGGGUGA